UGGUAACAGUUCCUAUCGAAGACAUUGAUUUCAAAUACUUUUGUAUUCCUAUCGAAGAGAAAUAUUUGCUAAUACCACUUUUACACCAUCUUUUUAACACAUUUUCCCAUUAACCACUGAUUUGCACAUUCCACUUUCAAUUCCACAACUUUCAAAUUUAAUAUACAAUUUUGGUUUUACUAAUAUAACCAAAACUGUAUAUAAAUGCAAUAUAAUAAAAAACAUAAUAACAAAUAUAAAACAUCAUAAAAAAUAUACAGUAUUGUUCAUAUGUUAAGCAACAAACUCCAAAUGCAAUAUGUUGAACGACAUUUUAACAAUACUGUAUAUUUUUAUGAUGUUAACCUAAUAUAAUUCAUAAAACAUAAUAUAUUAAUAUUAUAAUUAUUCUAUAUACAAAUGAGUAACAUAUUCGAGACGCAAGAUGAAGGUGAGAUUCCAAUCGUUGAGAGGAUUGAGCGGCGCCAAUAUUCAGUGGGAAUAUCAAGAACGCAACAAAACUCAGAUAUACUUGAAGCGUUAAAAACGAUCAUUGCGGGCCAAAAAAAUAUUCAAGAAAGGCUGGAAAAAUUGGAAGAAAAUGUAUACAUAACUUUGCAGAACCAAAAAACGCUUAGUGAAGGCCAGUCGUCACUGGUUCACAACCAAACUGAAAUUUUUAAUAAACUGAAUGAGAUGGAGUCGAAGAUUGUCGAGAAGGCUGAGGUAUUGGCUCAAAAUAAAUCAAUCAGAGAAUGCAAAGUUCUCCUAAAACGAGUUGAGCAGUCAGUGUGCCGCAUGACCGGCGAAGUGACUGAUAAAGAGCUGGACGACGUCGCUAGCGCUUUUCCUAUGGAGUCGCAAGCAAUAGUUGCGGAAGUGGAGGAUAGACUGCAAAGUCAGGACUAUGCCCAAACAAUGACUACAUUCCUUCACAAACUGAAAGGCGCUAGUGAUAAUGUGGCUGACGUUAUACCUAAAAUUUUCUCGGAUGAGCUCUUAGAAGGUUACAAUUGGGAUGGCAGGUGGAGUAAGAAAUCCCUAUGCAAGUUGGCGCUAGUUGAUACCAUUUUAAGAAAUGUGUUUCAACAACAAGGAUGUAGGAGUUUUGAGGAAAAUAUAAAGCGGUCAAUACUGCUCAGCCAUCAUAGAUUAAAGCAGCGCACAUAUUUAAAGAAAAAAAGGAAACAAUAAUUGAAUUGAAAUGAAGCUUUAAUUUAAUUAACAUUAAUUUUUUUUACUUUUUGUACAAUUUUUUUAUAACACAAAUUAAUUAAUACCUAUUAUAUGAAUUAAAAUGAAUUUAAUUUUUUCUAAAUAAAAUAAAUUACAUAAAAUUAAUAAAUGUAUAAUUUUUACAUAUGCUUACAUCACAUAUGAUUGUCACAACUGCAUGAUAUUUACA